AUGUAUUCUUCAAACUUGUUAUUUUUCUCUCUCGCUCUACUAAUCAUCACACUCUCCCCCAUACAAAAUUUCGCUUCUGCUUCUUUUGAGGAAGCCAAUGCUCUUCUUAAAUGGAAAGCAAGCCUUGAAAUCCCAAAAAACUCCUUGCUAUCUUCAUGGAUUCCCCUCCCUUUGAAUUCCAGUGCAUCGGUUCCAUGCACUUCUUGGUUUGGAGUAGUUUGCAAUGCUGAUGGGAGCAUUCAGAAGUUGAACCUCACAUCAUCCGGAUUAAAGGGUAUGCUUCAUCGAUUUUCAUUCUCUUUGUUACACAAUCUUACGCAUUUUAAUCUCAGUCUGAACAACUUCUAUGGCCCCAUCCCACCGGAAAUCCAACUUUUGUCCAAACUUAUAUAUCUUGAUUUUUCUGAGAAUAAAUUUUCUGGAGUAAUCCCACCUGAAAUAGGAAACCUGCACCAGCUAACCAUCUUGUACUUAUACUCAAACAAUAUCUCUGGUCCCAUUCCUAUUGAACUUGGGAAUUUGAAGUCUCUCACUGAUCUUUGGAUGGAAAACAAUCAGCUUAGUGGUUCUAUUCCUUCAUCAUUUGGUAAUUUGACAUCUUUGAAUAGACUUUAUUUGUACCAUAAUCAACUCGUUGGUCUCAUUCCUAUUGAACUUGGGAAUCUGAAGUCUCUCACUCAGCUUUCGGUGUACAAAAAUCAACUUAGCGGUUCUAUUCCUUCCAUCAUUGGUAAUUUGACAUCUUUGAAUGUCCUUUCUUUGUUCAAAAAUCAACUCUCGGGUCCCAUUCCUUUUGAACUUGGGAAUUUGAAGUCUCUCAGUGGUCUUUCUGUGUACAACAAUCAACUUAGUGGUUCUAUUCCUUCAUCAUUAGGUAAUUUGACAUCUUUAAAUGUCCUUUAUUUGUUCCAAAAUCAACUCACUGGUCCGAUCCCUAUUGAACUUGGGAAUUUGAAAUCUCUCACUGAUCUUGAGCUGACCAACAAUGAGCUUAGUGGUUCUAUUCCUUCAUCAUUGGGUAAUUUGAUAUCUUUGAAUGUCCUUUCUUGGUGGAAAAAUCAACUCUCUGGUCUCAUUCCUAUUGAACUUGGGAAUUUGAAGUCUCUCACUGAUCUUGAGGCGAGUAGCAAUCAACUUAGUGGUUCUAUUCCUUCAUCAUUGGGUAAUUUGACAUCUUUAAAUGUCCUUUACUUGUUCCAAAAUCAACUAUCUGGUCCCAUUCCUAUUGAGCUUGGGAAUUUGAAGUCUCUCACUGAUCUUGGGGUGAGCGACAACAAACUUAAUGGUUCUAUUCCUUCAUCACUAGCAAACCUCAGCAACAUACAGUGGCUGAACCUUGGUGGUAAUAAAUUAUUUGGUCCCAUUCCUAGUGAACUUGGGAAGUUGAGGUCUCACUCAUCUUUCAGUGAGAGGAAACCAUCUUAG